AUGGUAAGUUAUCUGUCUAUCUCUCUAUGCCUAUUCAUAUCUACAGACCAUCAUAUCUAUCUAUCUAUCUAUCUAUCUAUCUAUCCUUAUAUGAAUUAUUCUUCAUCAUUAUUUCUGUUGAUUGACUUUUUCUCUCACCUGAAUAGUGACUAUUUACUCGACUUGAGGAGAGAUUUCAUUGCAUCUCUCUCUCUCUCUCCAUCUUUUCUCUCACUUGUUGAAAACAAAAUACUUAUGUUCCUGGUCAUAUUACUUAUGUUCCUGGUCACAUUACUUAUGUUCCUGGUUACAUGUUCCUGGUCAUAUUACUUAUGUUCCUGGUUACAUUUCCUUCAUGUUCCUGGUCACAUUUCUUAUGUUCUUGGUCACAUUUCUUAUGUUCCUGGUCACAUUUAUUAUGUUCCUGGUCAUAUUACUUAUGUUCCUGGUCAUAUUUCUGGUCAUAUUACUUAUGUUCCUGGUUACAUUUCUUAUGUUCUUGGUCACAUUUCUCCUUCAUUUCUUAUGUUCUUGGUCACAUUUUUUAUGUUCUUGGUCAUAUUACUUAUGUUCCUGGUCAUAUUUUAUUAUGUUCCUGGUUACAUUUCUUAUGUUCCUGGUUACAUUUUUUAUGUUCCUGGUCACAUUUCUUAUGUUCUUGGUCACAUUUCUUAUGUUCUUGGUCACAUUAUAUUAUGUUCCUGGUCAUAUUACUUAUGUUCCUGGUUUGCAUUUCUUAUGUUCCUGGUCACAUUUCUUAUAAUUCUUGAUCACAUUUCUUAUGUUCUUGGUCACAUUACUUAUGUUCCUGGUCAUAUUACUUAUGUUCCUGGUCAUUUCUUAUGUUCCUGGAUUUACAUUUCUUAUGUUCUUGGUCACAUUUCUUAUGUUCCUGGUUGGACAUUUGUUAUGUUCCUGGUCAUAUUACUUAUGUUCCUGGUCAUAUUACUUAUGUUCCUGGUUACAUUUCUUAUGUUCCUGGUCACAUUUCUUAUGUUCCUGGUCACAUUUCUUAUGUUCUUGGUCACAUUUCUUAUGUUCUUGGUCACAUUACUUAUGUUCCUGGUCAUAUUACUUAUGUUCUGGUUUUUCAUUCCUUAUGUUCCUGGUUACAUUUCUUAUGUUCCUGGUCACAUUUCUUAUGUUCUUGGUCACAUUUCUUAUGUUCUUGGUCACAUUACUUAUGUUCCUGGUCAUAUUACUUAUGUUCCUGGUUACAUUUCUUAUGUUCCUGGUCACAUUUCUUAUGUUCUUGAUCACAUUUCUUAUGUUCUUGGUCACAUUACUUAUGUUCCUGGUCAUAUUACUUAUGUUCCUGGUCAUAUUACUUAUGUUCCUGGUUACAUUUCUUAUGUUCUUGGUCACAUUUCUUAUGUUCUUGGUCACAUUACUUAUGUUCCUGGUCAUAUUACUUAUGUUCCUGGUCAUAUUACUUAUGUUCCUGGUUACAUUUCUUAUGUUCUUGGUCACAUUUCUUAUGUUCCUGGUUACAUUUGUUAUGUUCCUGGUCAUAUUACUUAUGUUCCUGGUCAUAUUACUUAUGUUCCUGGUCAUAUUACUUAUGUUCCUGGUUACAUUUCUUAUGUUCCUGGUCACAUUUCUUAUGUUCUUGGUCACAUUUCUUAUGUUCUUGGUCACAUUACUUAUGUUCUUGGUCACAUUACUUAUGUUCCUGGUCAUAUUACUUAUGUUCCUGGUCAUGUUAAUUAUGUUCCUGGUCAUGUUACUUAUGUUCCUGGUUACAUUUGUUAUGUUCCUGGUCAUAGUACGUAUGUUCCUGGUCACAUUACUUGUGUUCCUGGUUAUAUUUCUUAUGUCCUGGUUACAUUACUUUUGUUCCUGGUCACGUUACUUAUGUUUCUGGUUACAUUAUUUAUGCUUCUGUUUAUAUUACUUACUCCUUAG